ACACAUAGACAGAGAGACAGACACUUAGACAGGCAGAGAGACAGACACACACACACAGGCAGAGAGACAGAGACACACAGGUAGAGGGACAGAAAUACAGACAUAUCCAGGCAGUCAGACAGACAAGCAGUCAGGCAGAGAGUCAGACAAAGACAGAGAGACAGGAUGAGUCGCCUCCUGAACGUCCUGCGGAGCUGGCUGGUGAUGGUGUCCAUCAUCGCGAUGGGAAACACGGUGCAGAGUUUCAGGGAUCACAGCUUCCUGUCAGAGAAACUCUACACGGGCGCGCCAGAGUUUGUGAAUGGUCUCCAAGCUCGAACAUUCGGUAUUUGGACAUUGCUGUCAUCCAUUAUUCGCUGUGCCUGUGCCAUUGAUAUUCAGAACAAGACGCUGUAUCACAUCACCUUAUGGACAUUUGUGUUGGCGCUAGGACACUUUCUGUCUGAAGCCUUCAUCUACAAAACUGCCCCGCUGACUAUCGGGGUCAUGGCGCCGCUCAUUGUGGCAAGUUUCUCUGUUGUAGGAAUGCUGAUUGGAUUCCAGUGUUUUCCAGAGACUCAAGAAGAAGUGGGAGCACGACACAAGAAACGCAACUAACGUCCCAGCACCAAACAGUUGUGGAGUGGACUCGUCCUGUUCGUGCUGCUUCUGCUCUUGACGAACAUGAGACGUGGAUGUGCUUUCAUUUUGAACUGUGACACUUUCUAAAGACUGUACACGUACUCGGCCUCGGUGUAAUUAGUGUUUUUUAAUUGGACAUUUUAGAGUUGAAUGUGCAAUUAAAAAAUGUGUCACCUCUAAUGCACAAUCAUGUUACACUACAGUGAUGGAUGUGUGCUGGUUUCUUCAAGGGAAAAAUAUCAUAGAUAGGUUUUAUGAUGUUCAUUUUGUGUCUUAGUAGUGAUCACAGUGACAAACGCAGAAGUUUGAAACUGAAACUUGUGUUGAGUUGAGCGAUCAGAGAAAUGAUUCAGAGCAGAUUUCUCUCAGAAUGAUUUUUAUUUCAGUCUAUUGCGUCCCAUUCAGUUUUUAAAUUCACGAUUUACCAAAGAACUGAAUAGACACACUAUGAAACUAUGCUCUUCAUUACAAAAUAUCACAAACACUUAAAUCAGCAAUUGUUGGGUUUCUGUGAAAGUUUGUACACCCUUUAAAUUUCUGCUCUGUUAUUGUCAUAUAAAACCUUAGGAUAAGGUUAAAUGAUUUUUAAAGUUCUAUUAGAGUAAUAAGCAAAUGUGAUGUAUUUCUAAACUUUAAAAGAAAAUACAGUUGUGUUAAAUAUGCAGACAUCUUGUUGUCAGGGGUGUGAUUGUGUUUUUACAUUAUUUUGAUAAAUGUGUAAUAUGUUAUAUUUGGGUUCCUCAGCCAGGUGUUUUACAUAUUGUUUUCAGCGCUGACUUUGUCUUAAUGAGACGGAUUAAAGUGCCAAAAAACACUCACACACUUUGGUUUGUAAGAAUUUAAGAAAAAUAAAUGAUCGUUUAUCCAGUGAGGUGGGGAACAA